AUGAACGCGACACCAAUUGAUUUCAAUCGUACCGGUAAUGGCCCAGUUGCGAAUUCAACUCCAAAAACCGAAUCAUCAAAAUCAGAUUAUCCAGCAAAUGAUCAGGAGAAACCUGUCAUUGUUGAACAAGCAAAACAUGUAUCAAAACGAAGAAAAACAAAGUAUGGCUCAUAUAAAACAUUAAAUGAUGAUGCUUAUAACAGUGAUUUGGAUGAUCUUUGCGAUCCGGAUUUUUAUCUAACAUAUACAUCGCAAGCAACAAUGCCUAUUACUACAAGUAAUACAAUCGAAUCAAGUAAAAUAAAUGGUGAUUUAAAUGGGAAGAGUAAAAAUGAGCCUGAUUUUGUAAAUAAUUCAACGACAGCAACAACGAUGGCAGCAACAGCAACAACAGCAAAAAUGAACGAAUCAAAUUUGAGAAGUACCAAAAGAUUGGGAAAAAAUAUACCCUAUCAGCAGUAA